AUGAGCGGCCCCAUCGCAUCCGCAGUCGUGCUGCCAGAGCCGGACGAAGCGCUGCCGCCGCCAGCCUCGCCGCCAAACACGCUCAAGAGAAGGCAGUCGUCUGUGGCCGAGGACAGCGUCAAGCGCGCACGGACCAAUGGCGACGACGCGGCAGAUGAGGGGAAAGCGCCUGCGCCGAAACGCAGGGAGAGAGGGAGAGAGCGCAGGCUGUUCGGCGCGGUGCUGGGUGCGCUGUCGCAGAACCCCACGACGGCCGGGCAGAAGCGCCGGUCCGAGAUCGAGAAGAGGCAGCAGGCCCAGCGGAGACAGGAAGAUGAGGAGAGCGAACAGAGGAAGGCGGAGCGCUUGGCGAGACGCAAGGUGCAGCGGUGGAAGGAGCAGAAGCGCUUCGAGCGCCAGGCAUUGCGAGUACGACACGACAACAUGCUGCACCGGGCGCACUUCCUCCACACCAAGACCGAACCGCGGCUGUACUACAAGCCUUGGGAGAUGAGCCCGGAAGAGGAAGACCGGAUCGACGACCAGAUUGCCGAGGCUCGAGCGACGAUACAACGCGAAGUGGACGAGUAUGAGCAUCGCCAAGAAGAGGAGAGGAGAAGAGAGCGACGGGCGACGCCAGACGCGUCGACGCACCGCGGUGAAGCCAACCUGCCAGACGGCGAGAACCAGCACACAGACCCAGCCCAGCUGCGCGCUGCAGACAACGCAACCACAAACGGAGGCGGGACACACGCACAGGACCAGGAGAUGCAAGACCGGCACGCAGAAGAGACUGCAGAUCGUCCAGGCGAAGCGCAACACACAGACGAACCUGCCAUGGACACUAGUCCGCCCGAGCCCGACACCACCGCCGACGAGCCCAUCAAGGACGCCGACGAGGAAGUCGUAGAAGCUGCCGAGGACACCGUUAUUUACUAG